AUGGGAGAUACAAAACCUCCAACGAAGUCGAAGGAGCUUAUGGCAUCGUCGGUACUCUGUCCGACGUUAACCGCAUCGAACUACAUUGUAUGGUCAAUGAGGAUGAAAGUGACUUUACGGGUUCACAAGGUAUGCAAAACCAUAGAUUAUGGGUCACCUGAGGCAGAGAAGAACGACGUAGCAAUUGCAUUAGAGAAUCUAAUAUUACAAGUUGUUAAUCUAGAUUCGCUUAAAGACAUAUGGGAUGCAAUCAAGGCGAGGCACCUUGGAGAAGAUCGAGUUAGAGAGACUAGACUACAAACUCUGAUGUCUGAAUUCGAAUAUAUGAGAAUGAAAGAUUCGGAAACUAUUGAUACGUUCGCUGGAAAGAUAUAA